AUGUCUUCAGCGUAUGGGGCUGUUCAAUCCAUCUUAGACAUCUCAAAUGGAGGGCGAUCCCGCAUCGAAGGUGACUCAUAUCACAUACGCUUGGCAAUCAUGAUUAUUCUUCGGGCAUACAAAACGCGUCAACUGGACAAUAAAUUUGACUUUGCGGUGGCGAUGGAAGUGGCGGCAGCGGGGAAAUUCGACGACAUACUGUACCACUACUCAUCCCCACGCAUGGGCACCGGCUAUUUGUUCAUACAAGCAAAACAUAAAAAGAACACGGAAUCUAAAAUAGAGAAAGAUGGCCUCUGCUCUGCCUGGGACGGCAAUUCACUUUGCUCAAUCCCAAAGUACUUUGUUUCCUAUCUCGAGAUCGACCAGAAGCUGCCCAACGAUACGCGUUACGUCCUGUGCAAUAACAUUGGGCUUCAUAAGCAAGUUGAAGGCUAUUUUAAGGAAAUAAUUCCUCAACUGGACAAUUAUUUGAAUUUUUGCAUCGAUAUAAGAGCUAAGUGUUUUCAGUUCGAUUGGGACAAACCUUUCCCAUCUCUGAUAGCUGCAUUACAAGAUUCAUGUCUCGACAAACUUGGUAAGGAAUUUGCCCAAAACAUUUUUAAAGAUAACGUAAUUACAUUUAACGACACGCUGUUUAACAUAUUUGCCAAUUUGAUUUACGAUUCUAUCGAGCCAUUAGAACAAGAAUCAAGCGAUUCUGUGUGUUCAUACAAGUUAACAGAAGCCUUUUUAUAUGACAAAACCAAAACAAUAGAAAAGGUUCGAACGGCUUUUAAAAAAGAAUGGGAAAUGCUAUGCAAGAGGAAACCACAGACGAGUAAUAACAAAAAGAUGAAUGAGUUGAUAAUCAAGAUCGAUCAGGAUUCGUUCAUAGCUGCCAGAAACACACAAGACAAUCAAAAGUUUAAUGAGAAAGUACGCGAAUUCUACGGCAAAUUUUUGCUUGUUUGUAAUUCCUUUAAUCAAGAAACACUACGUGAAAAGGCAAUUAUUUUAUUGUCACAGUGGUGCAAUGCUGAGCAAGGAACAGUGUUUGAGAAGUUGCAGGGAGAACUGUUGGAGGCAAUGAAGACGGAACAACGUGUACCCCUGGAUUUCAGGUUUUGGCAAAACUAUUUUCUGUGUAUAGAUCGUACUCAAAAAUUUAAUGACUUAAAGCGUUCUUCUAAAGAGUACCUUGAGACGGUACACGAGAACAAUCCUCAUAUUGAAGUCCAUCCGGAACAUUUAAAGGUUUCUAAACUCUAUGAGUUUCUAAAGGACGAGUCUGCUUGGGGGAUUUAUGAGUUUAAUAGCACGCUUGAUUUGACAGUAAGCUCUCGCAUUGUAGUUCAAGGGCUGUCACUAUUAAAGCAUGAAACAAUAUUUGUGGAUAGUAUAAAGUAUGCAACACAGCAUGCUAUGAUGAAUAUCCUCAAUGACUUGCUGACGUAUCUCAGAGAUGUGAAUCAUCCUACUAUUAAAGUGAUAACGAUUCUGGGGAAAUACAACUGUGAGUCCGUCGAUGAGAUUAAGGAAUUAUCCAAAAAAUAUUGUCAAAAGAUUGUUGUUGCACAACAGUUAUCGGGAAGUUCCCAAAACGAUAAGGUUUUUGAGAAGAUUCAAGUGAAGGACCUCUCAGAUGAAGCGAUUAAACAGUUGUAUACACAAAAAGAACUUAAAAUGUUCGGUACUACUACGCCACUGAGUAGCAUUGUGGAAGAAACCGACGAUUUGAAUUUGUUAUUAAACGUAUUGGAGCUUUGUGAUCAACCGAAGGAAAUACAAAAUUAUAAGUUAAAUGUACAGAAUUAUGAAAAUAUUAAAAAUUGGUACGUUCAGCGCCAUUUUGUGUCUGGUGAGCAGGAAGGAACGGAGGAAAAAGGAUUUUAUCAAGAUAAUUUAUGGAAUUUACAUGUAGAGAAAAUUCUCGUCUCGGACGAAACAGAAUCCGAAGCACCUGAUCUUGAAGAUAGUCACGGUGGGAAGGUGUGUAUCUUCCUCAACGAUGCAGGACUUGGUAAAACAACCUACUUCACCUGGUUAGCAUGGCAUUUGUCAACGUUUGAACCGUCUCGCUAUGUUAUAAAAUUUAUCGCGAAGGAAUUUUCGACCGAUUUCAAACGAUUGUUGGGUAGAAAUAUACAAAACCUUGAAGAUACACACAUUGUUAGGAUAUUAUAUUGCUAUAUUCAUUUGGCGUUGUUCGUACCGAGCAUCAACAAGCGUACGAUCAACGAGACGGAUGUUGUUAGAAGUGAGGCCGAGCGUUGUGCAGAACUACUGAAAUGUUUAAACGGUCAGAUAUUAUUGGAUAAAACAAAGAUUAAUGAGCUCUCAACAAAGGAAUUCAUCGAGUUACGCUUCUUCCAGGAGAAGUUUAACAGUCGAAAAAUUGUGUUAAUUCUAGACGGUUUUGAUGAGAUCGCACCAUACUACAAUGAUGUGGUCAAGAAGUGUUUCGCACGAUUCUCUAGUCUUGAUGGCAUUCGAUCUUUGUACCUGUCCAGUCGACCGUAUGGAUUUGAAGAGGAAUUAAAGGAAAGCUUCGACCAGUGUCGGUUUUAUCGAUUAAAGCCAUUUUCGGGGAUAGAUAUCAUACGCUCAUUUCACAAAUAUCUUUUGAUUAAAUUAGAUGGUUACAAAAAAUACGAAAGGAAACAUUGUUGCGAAAUACUGGGAAAACUGUAUGAAGUUAUCUUCCUUGCUUUGAACGAUUUAAUAACAGUGCCACUGUUGCUGCACAUGGUGCAAAUUAUCAUUUUACCCGAGAUUAAGAGACGUGUGAGCAAAAACCAUCAUACAAUAACGAGGGAUAUUUUAGACAAAAGAAAAGCAAUGCAAAUCGAUAAGCUUCUGCUGGUUGAACAAUUUAUAGAGAGAAAAUUACAGAUUUUACACGUAGAUAAAACAGGCAUGACCGAUGCUGCUGCUACAACGGCUGCAGCCCAGAUAAUCGGAGAGAGAUUGAAAAAAGAAUUAAAGGAACAGCACAUGCUGUUGGCCAUGUGCGUUAUUUUCGAUAGUAACGAUAGAGAAAAACUGUUGUCCAAGAAGGAACAGAAGCGUGCUGACGAGAUAAUGGAGGAAGUGAACGAAGGCGAAGAAAAAAUGGGAAUCGUCCUUGGAGUGCAAAAUGGAGUGCCUCAGUUUCUGCACCGAAGUUUUGCAGAGUACUUCUCUGCUUGUUGGUUGUACGAAAACUGGGACUGGUUGAAGAGAGAUAAGCUUUUUCGCUCUCAAACGAUUUGGACGGAUUCAUUGAAGGAAACUCGUGAAUUUUUCGAUCGACUUAUACUUAGCGAAAGCGAAGGUUGUGAUCUUCACUUGGCAUUGGUGAAUGAUUCUGACGAACAGAUUGACAAGAUACUGCUUAAUAAUCCUUCUGCACUUACUGCCCGGGAUAAGGUUGGACGCCUUCCGUUGCAUUUAUCAGAAUACAUUGAAGACAAUAUAGAUAACAUAUUAGAAAAGACGCCUCCUGAGCUUAUUAAUGAAAAGGACGAGCUUUGUGGAUGGAAUGCUAUAGAUUACUCGUUUGUUCUUUGCCAGAAUUAUUUAAUAGACGUACUCUUUAGACGUGGUGUGCAACCUAAUAUGGACAAUUUGUUUGAGCAGGUGUGUUCCAAUGAUUUAGCUGUAUUACUUGUGAAAGUCAAUAAAUACGUGAAAAUAUUUGAUGAUCGUUUAAAACAAACGGACUUAGCAGAGGAACUCAGCGAACGUGUCGCAAAGUAUCUGAUUGCAGAGAAACAAUUAGAUAUUUAUUCUCCACUUACCGAGUUGAAUUCUUUGGCGGUGUUGGAAAAGGUUGUAACUAUGAACAAUCUGCCUAUGUUUCGUCAGUUAGUUAUAAAAUCAGGCCCAGAGACAUUAGCUUUGGACAAUCGUGUCAAUCGAUUGUUACAGUUAUCAUUGCAGGAAAGAUCUUAUGAUAUUAAAAAUUAUCUUGUUGAACACCACCCGUCUAUCGUGCCCAUGAUUAAUGACCAUGAAGAAUUAUUCUCAUGUUCUGCAAGAGCCAUUGAAGAAAAUCAAAUGGAAUUGUUCAAAGCGAUCUUUAACCAGUUCUGCAUCAAUCAGAACAUUGAAUGUGUUGAAGAGGCCACUAUUAUCAAUGAGUUUGCCAACCACGACGAAAACGACGCGUUUGAAAUAGAGAUUCCAUUUGAAAAGCACUGCUGUUACAAACCUACCAAAUUUUGGUGUUUCGGUCAAAGGAAAAGUUACGAAAUAGAAGGAAUAUUGUCUUUAGCGAUACACUACGGCAACACACAAAUGGUUAGUUACAUACUUCAAAAGACGAAAAUGGUCGUUACGGUCGAAUUAAUUGAAACGAUCAUGCUGCAGCUAGGAAUAUAUUAUUCUAAAAACAAUAAUCAUAAAAAAUGUAUGCCUGCAUUCAAGUAUCUAUUCCGCAAGAUCGACGAUUUGUACGCUGUUAAUGAAGAAGGGCAUACUUUGUUUCUUAUGAUCAUUAAAUUUGGCUGCGUGUACAUGCUGCCCAGCUUGAUUGCCAUUGGGUUCGUUCCGGAAAGCAUCAAUGUGAUGGAUAAUUGGGAUGUUUUUCAACAACUUUUUAACUAUUGGCAGCAAAAGAUGUCGGCCAAUAUGUGUGUGUACCUUCAACAACGAUCGAUUGUGGAUUGUUUCGAUACCGUUGGUCCAACGGGUGAGAGUAUUUUCGAUUUGGCAAAUACCACAGAUAAUUUCAUAGUGUCUCAGGCGCUAGUUGAAGACAAAUUUCGCAAUCUAUCUAGCAGAUAA